AUGAAUAAUUCGCGUACACCAGCAUCUGAAAGUCAGCCAAGCCAGCGAGUCCUCCGCUCAGCCUCCGCAAGGCUGCUUGCCGCCGACGAUAGCAACACUACACCGCACACCGACUCCGCCGCGACUGCACCCAGUUCUGCCCUUGCUACCGCGCAGCCCUCUUCACCUCACAACACCACAGCCUCAUCUGCUGCUUUACCGGCAAUACGCAAGCGCAAGGUCGCUACCACCGAGACACCCGAGGCGACACGCGAGCAGCGCAGCUCCAAACGCCGGCGACCCGGAACCGGCUCUACAACUGCCUCCACGGGCAAUACGGUGAUGUCCAGUGCUGGCCCAUCGGGCUCCUCGGCAGAAACCUCGCCGCAGCAGGCGCCGCGCGACUCCUCCCGCAGAAAGACCGGCCGGCGCAGUAAAGAUACACCUGCCGACCCCUCGGGCUCCAGCGUCCCUGCGAGGAAGCCGCGCAAAAGCUCGCGGAAAGAUCAAGAUGUGGUGAUGAAGGACACGGAUGAAAAGGGAGGCGAGCAGCUGCACGACGACGAUGAUGAUGACGAUGCCGCUGAGCCAUCCCGUCAAGACACUGGCGGUGGAGCAGACGGCAGCGACGAUAUGCCGCGGGGCUUCCCCACCCACGACGAGCUUGAUGCACUGGACCGCGCCGAGGAUCCCUUCGGUGGCGGCUAUCUUUCUCGCUUUGGCGGCCACUCAGGUCUGACUAGUAGCCUGAGAGCACUCAGCGGCAUCGUUUCUGGCACCCACMGCCGUCUUCGCAACAUACUCGCCCAACUACGAACCAAGGACGACUCUUCUGUCCAACUCAUUGCACUGCAGGAGCUGUCUGAGCUUCUCUUGGUCUCCAACGAAGACAACCUGGCCGGCCACUUUGCACCCGAUCUAUAUGUCAAAGAGCUGGUAACGCUUAUGCAGCCAAAUGCCUUUACUGGCGAGGAGAAUCCGGAGAUUAUGCUGCUAGCGUGCCGCUGUAUCGCCAAUCUCAUGGAGGCGCUCCCUGCUGCGACUGCCAGCGUGGUGUACGGCGGUGCAGUGCMUAUACUCUGCCAGAAACUUUUGGAGAUUCACUUCAUCGACCUCGCGGAGCAAGCCCUCAGCACGCUGGAAAAGAUCUCGGUAGAGUUCCCUUCGUCCAUCGUGCGGGAAGGCGGGUUGACCGCAUGUUUGACAUAUCUCGAUUUCUUCGCAACCAGCACGCAGAGAACGGCGGUGACUACCGCAGCCAAUUGCUGCCGCAACAUUCCAGAAGACUCGUUUCCAACAGUCCGCGACGUGAUGCCAAUCCUGUUGACCACGCUUUCUAGCAGCGAUCAACGUGUGGUCGAGCAGGCUUCCUUGUGUGUGUCCAGAGUCAUCGACAGUUUCAAGUUCCACGAGAGCAAGUUGGAGGAGCUGGUGAGUGCUGARCUGCUCAAAGCCAUUCUGCGUCUGUUGCUUCCAGGCUCCACCAACUUGAUUGGCCCCAGCAUUCACACACAGUUCCUGCGCGUAUUGUCCAUCACGGCGCGUGCGAGUCCACGCCUGUCCGCAGAGCUGCUGAAGAUGAACGUCGUUGACACGCUCUACCAAAUCCUGACCGGCGUGUCGCCGCCUACGGGUACAGAUGGCGUUGCCGCGAAGAUUGACAAGAAUGUCAUUAUGCAAUCAAUCAUUCGCACUCCACGAGAGUCAAUCUUCGAAACCUUGAAUGUCAUUUGCGAACUGCUUCCCACCGUUUCACAAGAGAGCCUGACGUUCCUCGACGACUUGAAAGACGCCGGCUACACGGGUCCCGCAACUGCGUCUUUGUCGUCGCGAGCCAAGGCCUCGCCAAAUGAGAAGAUGCUCGAGUUGCUCAAAGACUGUGCUGAUGAGGUCAAGCGCUUCGCUGUCAUCUUGUUCCCAACGCUGAUGCAUGCAUACACCAGCACUGUCAACCUGAGUGUUCGUCAGAAGGUCCUUACUGCACAGCUGAAGAUGCUGUCCAAUUUGGAUAUUGAUAUUCUACAAGAAGCCCUGCACGGCGUCACGUAUGCCUCUCACCUUGCAUCUAUCCUCUCACAGCAGGACAAUGCGUCGCUUGUGACGUUUGCCCUGCAAGCGGCGGAGCUGCUCUUGAAGCGUAUGGAAUCAGUCUAUCGACCACAAUUUUACCGUGAAGGCGUCAUGGCUGAGAUUGCCAAAUUGGCAGCCCGCGAGAUCAAAAAGGAGGCAGAUUCCACAGUUGCCGUCAAGCUUGAAGAUAUCGAUGCGCCACCAACCCGCAGACAGCYGCUCGAAGAUGACGACGAUGAUGAGGGCGACGACGGCGAAGCGAUUGACGUCGAGAUUGACGUUCACGACGCAGGCAGCGACGAUGAUGAUCAUGAUGGUCAUGAUGGCAACGAGCAUUCCGAGCAUGGAGACGGCCCAGUCCCACAAGACGGCGAUGACGAGCACGAUGAUGAACACGACGAUGAUGAACCCGCGCGACCCGGGCAUCACUCGGACAUUUCAGACAUKCCGCCUCCUCGGAAAUCGCACCGCAUCGUGGAUGCUCAAGAUGUGAUCACGCUACAAGCGAAACGCUUCGUUGAAGCGCACGGAGAUGGUGCUAGCGAACAAAUGCGCACCCAGGCUACUGAAGUUCUCAACGACAUCAAGUCCCUGGCUGACCAGCUGAGGGCUUGCUAUGUUCUUUCAAACACGCCAGACCAGAGCGGAUCUACAUGUUUCCGUCGCCUAGCGAAGUACUUUGGUGGAGAUGUUCUUGAGAGCAUUACCAGCUACGAGUUGAUGACUUCCGGCAUCGUGGAAGUUUUGCUUGAGAUUUUCACCGUCGACGAUGAGGAAGUCGCAACCCGCGCGCGCUCAGACUUUCUUGGAGUCUUCAUGUCAACAUCGAAUCAUGCAAAGAUUGCCACUGGCGAUGCCAACUCGCCUUCAACCGCAUUCAGUGUGCUCGUUUACAAGCUGCAGGACUUGUUGAGCCGUGCAGAGCAUUUCGAAGUGGUCACGGUCUCCCACAACGCGUUUGAGAGCAACAGAGGAAGCGCUGCUUCUAUGCUCGCCAAGCAGCUGCGACUGAAACUUGUUGCCGGUGAAGAUUCUGGGAUUCCUCGGCACUUUAGAAACAUCAUGGUCUCUAUCCACGCCAUUGCAACUUUCAAGGCCCUGGAGGAUUAUCUUCGCCCCCGCAUCAAUCUCUCGGAACGACCACGCGGUGCCCGCCGAGAUGGCAUUUCCGCCGCAAUGGCUGCGUACGCGGCCGCUAUGGCAGGUCGCGAAGGAAGAGACCAACCCCCACCUAUCCCGAACUUGGCCAACUCUCUGUCAACUCGCAGCAGCGGUAAGAAGAGCAAAGCUUCCAAAUCGGAUGCUGGCCAAGCAGAAACUGGCAAGACGGAGGACAGUAGCGGUCGGCUACGCAGAUCGUCUAGAAGACAGUCUGCGCAAGCAUCCUCUAUCGAUCCUGCAUCGCAGGCAGAUGUGGCCGCUUCGUCAUCGCAAGGGGCAGACGCGGACGAAGAUGCGGCUCUUAUCCAAAAGGCUUUGGAGUGUGCUGAUGAGGCUCACGUCUCGGAUGAUGAUGAUGAUGACGCCGAUAUUGAAGCAGAUCUGGAUGCUCUUGUCGACGAUCUGGAGGACGGCGMACUUGAAGACGAUGCUCCUGAUCCGUCGGCGGUCAAUCUCGAAAUCGCAAAGUCUGGCAAAGUUACAGCUCGUACCGAAGACGGCGCGCGUGUUGGCACCCCUUCACAAGGUGUACCGACUCCUACUGGCAGGGAUCGCAUGUCGGCCACAUCUCGACUUGCGGCGGCACGCGAGUUGCUGGCCACACCGACAUCUUCGGCGCGCGGCAUGUCAUAUGCUUCCGCUCUGCAACAAGCGCCGCAAGACUGGCACAUUGAAUUCAGCGUCAAUGAUCAGCCAAUUGCAAGCGACACCACCAUCUACCGCGCAUGUCACUUCAACCAAGCGCAGGGAGACGAUGCGUCAAGUCGCAACAUUUGGUCGGCGACACAUACCAUCUCGUUCAAGCGGGUCUCAGGUCCGUCACCGACAGAGCGCAGCACGCCCAGUGAAGGCGCGUCUGGCAACAUUCACUCGGAUGGGCUACCGCCAUCUCUUGACCAAUACCCUGUGACUGCGUCGAUCCUACGGCUCAUGAGUAUACUUCACGACCUCAACCUCAACUUGGACGAUGUCAUGGCAGAGAACAACCCGGUGCAGUUGAUGCAUGAACCCGUCACGCAGUUUAUCAACACGAAGCUUACUGCGAAGCUGAACCGACAAAUGGACGAACCACUCAUCGUUGCAAGCCAGUGCUUGCCUAGCUGGAGCGAGGAUCUUGCCCGCUUGUAUCCUUUCCUCUUCCCAUUUGAGACUCGUCAUCUCUUCUUGCAGUCAACGUCGUUUGGCUACUCGCGGUUAAUGGGUCGUUGGCAAAACGCGCAAUCCGACAAUGAAUCACGACGUCAUCGCGACGAACGCGUUUUCCUUGGAAGAGUCCAGCGCCAGAAGGUUCGCAUCUCACGCACUCGCAUUCUGGAAUCUGCAAUCAAGGUCAUGGAACUGUACGGGAGCUCCUCCAGUGUGCUGGAAGUGGAGUACUUUGAGGAGGUCGGCACCGGUCUCGGACCGACGCUCGAGUUCUAUUCCACCGUUUCCAAAGAGUUCUGCAAGCAAAGCACCAAAUUAUGGCGUGACAGCGAUUCGCAGGGCGAUGACGAGUACGCUUUUGGCAAGCAGGGCCUCUUUCCCAGACCGAUGAGCGAGACAAUGGCUUCCAACGAGAAUGGUCAGAGGGUGCUUCACCUCUUCAAGAUGCUGGGCAAAUUUGUCGCUCGCUCCAUGCUUGAUGCACGCAUUAUUGAUGUGUCUUUCAAUCAGACAUUCUUUCGCAUCGGAGACAGCGCAACUACGGUCACGCCUUCGCUCGGUGCCGUUGCUACAGUGGACGAGGACCUGGCCAAGUCGCUCAAGAUGCUGCGCAAGUACGAAAAUGCUAAGAAGCGAAUUGAAGAGGAUCCGAGACUAUCUGCCACACAAAAGGCGAUGAAGAUGGAACAGAUUCGCGUUAACGAUGCGAAGAUCGAGGACUUGGCCAUAAAUUUCACGCUUCCCGGAUACCCGGAAAUCGAGCUCGUGGACAACGGUGUUAACCUCGAUGUCAACCUCGACAAUGUCGGCCUUUACAUCAAAAAGGUCAUCGACUUCACACUGGGUGCAGGCGUGCAGAGGCAGGUUGAUGCUUUCCGUGCUGGAUUCUCCCUCGUGUUCCCCUACACUGCGAUGAAGUCCUUUACGCCCAAAGAACUCGUUGGCCUGUUCGGGCGGGUGGAUGAAGACUGGUCGCUGGCCACGCUGAUGGACUCUAUCAAGGCCGACCAUGGGUACAAUCUCGACAGUAAAAGCGUGAGGAAUCUGCUACAGGUCAUGUCGGAGUACGCGCCGGAACAGAAGAGAGCCUUUCUGCAAUUCGUUACGGGCAGUYCUAAGCUGCCGAUCGGAGGCUUCAAGGCGCUUACGCCGAUGUUUACUGUUGUAUGCAAGCCUAGUGAGCCACCAUACUCUUCCGACGACUAUCUUCCUUCAGUCAUGACCUGCGUUCAAUAUUUGAAGCYUCCGGACUACUCCUCAGUGGAGAUCCUGAAAGCCAAACUGAAUGUUGCAAUGUCCGAUGGACAGGGGGCAUUCCACCUGAGCUAG